CGAAAGUUCAGUGUGUUUGAGAGCUCCCUUCGUGAACUGCUUGCUAACUGCUCCGUAUGUGGCCAAGCAGUUGGCAACCUGAACUUCAGCGUCAUGGGAACUCUAGUCGUUGUAGAGGGGGAGUGCGAGCAACAGCACAAGCUCCACUGGAGAAGCCAGCCACUUGUUCAGGGUAGUGGAACUGGAGCCGGCAACUUCCUUCUGGCAUGCUCUACUCGGGCUGCGAAGUGGCUGCCACCAUCCGAUGCCUCAAGUCCAUUGGUGUCCAGACCAUCACGGAUCAUACCUUCUACAACUACCAGAGGGCCUACUUGCUCCCUGCAGUAAAACAGCUCUUCCUCAAGAAACAAGCAGCCAUGGUGGAUUCGCUUGGUGACUUGCAAAUUGACCUAGCAGGUGAUGGGCGAUGUGACUCUCCAGGCUACAGCACCAAGUAUCUAACGUACAGUGUGCUUGCCAUGCAGACUGGCUGCAUUUUACACACUGAGCAGGUGCAAGUCGAAGAGUCACCCGAAGUCCCCAACAGUGUCUCAAUGAAAAAGAGAGGGCUUGCCAAGUGCCUUACUGCUGUGGAAAAUCUAGGUAUCCACAUACGCUCCUUGACAACAGACCGACAUCCUGGAGUAAAGGUAUACUGCCGCAAGAACAAGCCAAACAUGCCACACUGGUAUGAUGUUUGGCACGUUGGUAAAGGCCUAAAGAAAAAGCUCCUAGCUGCCAGCCGCAAGCAUCGAGUUAUCUCCCCUUGGAUCCAAAGCAUCAUCAACCAUCUCUAUUGGGUUGCUGCAAUGGGUCAAGGAAAUGGAGACCUUCUUAUAAGCAUGUGGAGGAGUCUGCUGAACCAUGUUUGUGACAAACACGACGGUCACGAUGGUUCAUACACGAAAUGCCUCCAUGACCACCUGGAGGACAGGCAAUGGAUGAACUCGACAUCCCGUGCCUUUCAUGAAUUGAAAAUCAUAGUGGACAACCCUCUACUACUCCGAGACAUCCGCUGGCUUUCUCCCGAGGUGCAAACAUUCUCAUUGGAGUCAUUCUACAGUGUCCUGAAUAGCUUCGCCCCAAAAUCUAAUACUUUCUCAGAGGACAGCAUGCAAGCAAGGACAUGGCUCGCUUUUCUUCACUUCAAUGAGAAUGUCGGACGGCAGCAAGCCCUUACUUCAGGAGAGAGAGGAGCGAUGGAAAUAAAAUCCUCGAAGGCAAGGCGAGGCCACUUCACUGUUGCCCCAGUCAAAGAGGAGCCUAGCUAUGGAUAUGUUCAAGAGUUAUUGGAAGAUGUCAUGGACCUCUGCGAACUCUCGUCAUACAAGGAGAGCUUUGCAAGCUAUGAGGCAGCAGAGCCGUGGCAUAUGUCACUCACCUGUGACCAGCCAUCUAAGGAGGAGCUCAUUGCUCAGAGGCGCACACGCUUUCCCAAACCAUCGACCUCUAAUCAGUGAAAUGCAUUUGUUCUCAUGAUGUGGGUGUUCGUUCAACGUCCCAAAACAGUGAUGCAAUAAUGAGGGACGCUAAAGUGGAGGGUGCCAAAAAUUUUGGUUACAUGGUGUUCUUCAGCAUGCACCUAAAUCUGAGAACAUGGCCUCAACCAUUUUUGCCUCCACUGAAUAUGCAGCCACCAUGGCCGAGAUUCGAUCCAGCA